GCGACGCGGGUUUGUCGGCAGAGCCGGGCGGGCGGCGGCGGCGGCGGGCGAGCGCGAGUGAGCGGCGGCACUGCAAGAGGCGGGGGCCGUGCCCGGCCAUGAGGCACGAAGCGCCUGUGCAGAUGGCAUCUGCUCAAGAUUCCAGAUAUGGCCAGAAAGAUACAUCUGACCAGAACUUUGAUUACAUGUUCAAACUGCUCAUUAUUGGCAACAGCAGUGUUGGGAAAACCUCCUUUUUGUUCCGAUAUGCUGAUGAUUCCUUUACAUCUGCCUUUGUAAGCACAGUUGGGAUCGAUUUCAAAGUAAAAACGGUUUUCAAAAAUGAAAAAAGAAUUAAGCUACAGAUUUGGGACACAGCAGGUCAAGAGAGAUACAGGACAAUUACCACGGCUUACUAUCGGGGUGCAAUGGGCUUCAUUUUAAUGUAUGACAUCACAAAUGAAGAAUCUUUCAAUGCUGUGCAGGAUUGGUCAACUCAAAUCAAAACAUACUCUUGGGAUAAUGCCCAGGUUAUUUUGGUCGGUAACAAAUGUGACAUGGAGGAUGAACGGGUAAUCUUCACUGAAAGAGGCAAAAGUUUAGCAGAGCAACUUGGAUUUGAAUUUUUUGAAACAAGCGCCAAGGACAACAUUAAUGUCAAGCAGACAUUUGAGCGACUCGUGGAUAUCAUCUGUGACAAAAUGUCGGAAACUCUGGAGACGGAUCCCACCAUCGCUGCCAGCAAGCAGAACACACGACUAAAGGACACCCCUCCUCCACAGCAGCCCAACUGUGGCUGUUAAUGCAGCUCUCUGCAAAGGCAGCUCCAGUGUGUUCUGUUGCCAACAGAGUGUUUAUGAAUGGUCUAUAUGCCUUUACUAAUACUGUCUCAUUAAUUUAUUUUGGAGAAAAAUAGGGGGAUUUUUUUACAUCAGCAGCUAGUCAAGUAUGUGUAUGGAGUUGGAGAGGUUACUAGUUUGAAAGGACAAUUCAUAUUUUAGUAUCAAGAUUUUGCAUGCAAGAUGACUAUUAGCUUCUCUUUUCUUUUUACUGUUUUACAUUACAUUUACUUCAGCCGGUGCCACGUCCUCAGACCACAUUUGCCUAGAACUGACUCUCGAUAGUUUCAAAUUAUACAGUUGAAUCCUUAGGGUAGUAGCCAGAGGGUUAUAGAAUAAGCUCCCUAAUGCCACUUAUAUUUUAUCCUGACUGAAAAUCAAUUUAGAAAUGUUCCUCUAGUGAGCCAAUCCCUCAUUCUGUUCAGAUUAUUUGUAUACGGGAAACUUCCUGGAGCAUAUUGCCUUGGUAAAUCUACAUUCAUUAUAUUACACGUCAUGGUUGACUGGAAACUGCAGAAGUUAGAGAGAGGUUAGAUCCUGGACCCAAAGCCACCAAACUUCCCUGUGAUUUUUCAACUGGAUGUGAGUAUUCAGUGCAGACCCUCAGAAUUAUUAGGUACUCCCUCUUGUUUGGAUAGCUAGCAUGUUUACCUUUCCAUGGGAUCUGCAUGUCUGUCUUAAUACCUGUCUGAAACUGGAUUUAAUUUCUCAGUCCACCAUUAUGGAAAUCCUGGUAGUAACUACUCCAGUAGUGGUGGGCUAACUAGCUCUUUCCAUUUCUACCUGCAUGAGAUAUUAAACGCACAGUCCUAUAUUAGCCCUGACAGAGCCAAAUUCAUUACACUUAGUUGUUCAUAGCCAAGGACUUGUCUUUUCCUGUUGCUGCCAAAUCUGCAUAAUUAAGUUUUCAGGAAUUUCACCUCAUCAUGGCUACAAAUACCUGUUAUUUCACUCACAUCUAUUACAGAAGCGCUGCUAGUGUCAGUGAACUGGAGUUUGACCUGAUUUUCACUUUGACGAGGAUUUCUAUUCUGACAAGACAAUCGGAAUUUCACAGGAUAUUUUUAAACUUUAGGAGUAAUAAAAAAUUGUCAACAUCUCUAGCAUUAGGCUGAAUAUAUUAAUAAGAACAACAAAAGGCUAUGAUGAUAGCAGAAUAAAGGGCAAAUUCUUUUUUACUAAAGUGCUUGAAACAGUCAUAUUUCAGAGUUUUUUAAAGUAAUCCUCUAGUAAUUGGUGGCAGUUUCUUACAUCUGUGCUCUGGAGUACUUUGUAUAACUGCUUCACUUGCAUCACAAUAAUAUUUUUUAACUAAAUGGCAUAACUGAAGAAGUGUUAACUGUUUUAUUGUUCCACUUAGACAGAAUUUAGGACAAGCCUGACAUUUCUUAAACUGUCUGCAAUGAGAAAAAUCAGAAGACGAAUUAAAAAAAGGAAGUAACACAAGAUACUGCAAACUGCUUACAACUGCAAAGAAAUCCCUCUACACACAUUACUGGUUUUGAAGGUAAUUUAUACAACUCCUGGAAUACAUUACGAGAAAAUAGCCACUUUUAAAUUAUUUUUUAUUAAAUAACCUACACAAACUUUGGCACAGUAAAGAAUACUUCCAAAGAAAGCAUAUAGUCACAUGUAAUAUGGAUGUGUCAUCAGGGCACAUAACAGGCUGCCUAACAUAAAUGAAUACAUGUUCCUUCUUCAGUUUUGGUCUUUAAACCAUAUCUAUCCUGUUAGCUAGUUUACUUAAGCACUUGUUUUCCUAGUAGUCACGGAGACUGGACUUGCCUUGUUCACUUCCACGAAGAGAAGGCACUGUCCUUUUGGAGGCCAGUGAGAAGCCAGGUGGAAGAGUAAUUUGCUAUCCCAACCAUAAGCCUGCCUUUCUCCAGGAAUGCUGCUUUUCUCUCCUCUAUCUAAGGCAGCAUGUUGACAGCAUUGUUCGUUGGACUGCCAGCCUUGUGUUAUAAGGAAAGAUUUCAUUUGAAAUACAGGAGCAGAACCAGUAAGUAUUUAAAAACUCCUAGAAUCUUUGUAUUGACACUCAGGCAUUGUAAUGGAGUUCAGAAUUAGUCAGAUAAAAUUUUAGAGUCUUUACAUUAAAUCCUUGGAGAUUUUCAAGAGCAGACUGCCUAAAGCCCUAGGUAGACUGCUCAGACCCCUUAGUUGACUCUGUUUUGAGCGGGAGGUUGACCUGCUCAUGUGCCAUCGAACCCAUUUUAUCCUAUAAUCCCCUCUUCUGAAACUGAAAAUGUGUGGAAUUUCAAGUAGACUUUUUGUUGACAAUCAGAGUUGCCUACUGUUGGAAAAAUAGGCUUUGAUUUUCCAUCAUAGCUUGGCUUUUGCUGCCACAUGUUUCAUAGCAAUAUUGAGUCCUCUGCUAUGACGUUUGGUCACAUUUAGAUCAGGAGCAUCAUGAUCUCAGUACCUCUCUCAUUAGGAAGCUGGCUGUUGUAGAGAGACACAAUGCCUUUUGAGAAGUAACUUAUUAUGCCUUUCCCAAACAUUCUAAAAAUUCGGUUUGAAUUCUGAGGCAAGUAGCAGGACCGGAAUUUUCAUUCUAUUUAUAAUUAUGCCUUGGCCUAUUCAUAGAAUAGGAUAUCCAAAAGCAGCCUGUGUCAAUCUAGUUCAACUCCUUCAGUCUAAUUUAGCUUCUCUUGACUUAUUUGAUAGAACUGCGGUUUUCUUAAAUUCAUGUAGAAUUAGGCUAAUCACUUUUUGAAAUCCCAUCCCAACCUGAUCAAGGACCAAAAUUUAGAGAAUCAAUGGCUCAUUCUUCACAUAUAUCCAGUAGUAACUGAUGAUGAGUUCUUGGAGGAGACAAGCAGGAUUUGGUUAGAUCCCUGAUAUAUCCACAGGUGUAGCACAGUUCUGUGAAGGGAAAGUACUAGACUAAAAAGAGUUCUAUUUUAAUAAUGAAAGAGGGCUGGAUCAUUAAAUUAAAAUCUUCAAUAAGAGAGUCUCAUCACGAUUCUUGGUGAAAAAGUACUCACGUACUGUACUAAUUUGUUUUCAUUCUCAGCACAGAAAUAGAAUUGGAUGUCAUGGAGCCCUAUUUGUCCAGCCUCAAAUAGUCCCUCCAGCUGAGAUUUGGGACACUUUGUGAGAUACAGCAGUGGACACACACAGCCCAUUAAAUUUCUGAGUGAUUAGAUGCCUUUGGGCAGAGGCUCUGGAGCUCCGUAGUGUCAGCUGAACCCAUUUUCCAAGUUAUGAUCUAGACUAAAGCUUUCAGCAGCAGGCUAAUCCUGUGCAUGGGUAAUGCACCAGCCUUAUCAUGCUCUGACAGUGUCUUGCUUGCUGCCUGUUCAAACUAGUUCUCAGAAAAUGCUUUGGGAGCACACAAGAGCACAGAAUGUGACUGGUUCCUGCAGUGCCUCCUGGCACUGACCUGUCGAACCAAUAGCAAGCCCUGCUGAGUUGAACCUUCAGAUGCAUGUUUUUGAUUCUGAUAAAAGACAUGUUUGUUUGGGGUUUGAAAUAUGUAUGAGCUAGCCUGAUUUUCUGUCAAAAAAAAAUACUCUUUCCUCUGAACAGCUGUGUACGUGACUGUUACCUGGAACUGUUUGUUCCUUUGUGCUUAUACUUAAUGUAAUGCCUAGAGAAACUACCUGAGUAACUAACUAUAUCUAUGUGGCCUUUCCAGAGCACCAGUCUGAAAGAUUAAGUUUUCUUCCCAGUCUGCUCAGCUCUGUAUAUUCAGCUGUACCACCUGCACCUUCUUUAUUUUAGGAACGAAGUGCUGUUUCAGGGUGCACAAAAUCUGGUGGAGUUUGAUCCUAACUUUGAGAAUGCUUUGAGCUUGGCAUUUUUAGGAAAAAAAUAGUGGUACAAAUUCUACAUCUAAUGAUGAUGCCUUUGUUUCUUCAACAGCAGAUAAAAGAUGCUGUAUUGGCAUUUCAAAUGAAGCCCCUCUCCCAAAUUCUUCCCAACUACUCUUUUCUAUAUUUGUUUGUGCGAGGCAAGCUUUAUUACUUGCAUUUUUAAGAACAUCAACUAAAUUGCUGGUCCGUUGAGAUACAGAUUCCUCCUUGGCCUGUUUCACAUAGAAAGACACAGAGUGUAUUGCCCAAGUUCUUUAGGAUGACUGAUUCAGUGAUGUGAGGCCAUGAGUAUGUAAAUCCUCAAGGGGUGUAAAGCAACAUGUCUUCACUUAUGCCAACAGGGGAGUGAGUGGUGUUUAUUUAUGCCAUUUUAUCCAUACACAGAGUCUUUUAAUCCAUACAUUCUGAAUCCAGAUUCUCCAGGGUUUAUCAUUUGUCAAAUCUCCUUUAAAGAGGCAACGUUUCAAUUAAUUUGACUAUUUCUACCAAUUUUUUUUAUUAAGGGGUAAAUGUCAUUUAUCUUUGCAAUUCGAACUUUUAUUUUUAACUUUUUUUUAUGCAUGGACAUUCAUUGUAGCAGAAAUUUUAACUACAAAUAUAUAUUAUACACAUAAACAUAGCAGUACAUCUUUGACACUUCUUCAAUUCUUGCUGUUAAUUGCUCGUGUUCAAUUUAGCCUUCCUUAAAUGUCACAGUGGAAUUUAUCCAUAAAUUAUUAUUAUUAUUAUUAUUAUUAUUGGCACCAGAAGUGAACUGCAUUACAUUUGCAGACCACAGGUUCAUUAUCCACGGUUCCAGCAGAUGUAAAUGGCUUGUCAUUUGUAGAAUAAGGUACCUGUUAUUUGAUUUGGUGGGGAAGCAAAAGCCCUAAUCUUCUAAUAACUUGCAUAACAAGCAGAAAUGAAAGCUAGAGAUUGCUCACCACUUCUGGUGAUAAAUUUCCUCGAGUAAUUCUGACAUGUACCUGCAACUAGUGUUAAAGGAAAUGUUAGUGCUGUAACUCCUGUUUAAUAUUUUGUCAGUAAUGUCAGAUGUGUUGUGGCUCAGUUUGACUGUCAGAAUGUAUAACCUAUAUUCUAGUGUUCGUGGAAUUCAAAUGUCUUAAAUGUUGCAUGAAAAUAUGUUAAAAAUAUGUUUUCUAUUUUUGAAUACCUCAAAACUGAGGAAUCAUGGGCCAAUAAGUGCAAUAUUUAAUUAUUUACUCGGUGUAUAUAAACUCGUGUGAAAGGGAGAAUUGUCCUGUAUGUGUGAUAAGCUGUUGAUGAUGCCUGUGUGGCUUAAGAUUUCCAAUAGAUGUACCUGUCUUGUAGUUAAAUUUAUAUAAUAAACACAUUACCAGUGUAGUGUAAGAAUAUUCUUAAGUCUUUUGAACUAUUUUUCAAAUAUGAGACAAUGGUAAAAGAUAUUUGUGUGUUUAUUGCAAGUGCAUGUCAAUUUUACUUUUAGAGUUUUGAGUGUCCUUUUUGAAAAUCAUCAUGUUACACCAACACUAGUGGGACAGCGCUUUCAGUCAGAAGAUGCUUGUAACCAUUUCUAAACUAUCUGCCUAUAUUUUUAAAGCAUGUUUCCCAGAAGCAUUAAAAGAACAUCCUAGAGCUCAGCAGUUACAGUGAGUUAUUUAUUCUUAAAGGAUCAGUUAUGUGCUCUCUCUGCCUGCAUUACAUAAUAUCAUGCAGGCAUGUUUUCUUUAAUCUGAAAUAGUUAACUCAUAGUAUGUACCUGAAAUAUGAAAUAGGAAUACCCAUUACUUUUGUGGAGGACUCAGCAAAUGUCAGUUGGUGCCCGGAGUUAACAUGUUUAGGAACAGCUUGAAGGUCAUAGUCAAAAUGGUCCAGCACAGUGAAAGCACGCUAAACUUAGUCAGUCACUUCUGCCAAUUGUUUCUUAACUUUUCCAGGUCCUAAAGAUGGACGAUAUAUCCUUAAAUACAUUGAGCCACACUCUUCACUCAGCUGUUACAUGGCCCUCAAUGUUGAACAUUCCAUGUAUCGGUGAAGCUGGGGUUUAAAUGGAAACAAAACACAGCCCAGAAUCUAACCAAUAAAUUAAAAGAAGACAUCCAAUCAUUUUUUUUUCCUUUCCUGUUAUCUUUGCAUAUUCCUAAUAAUUCUAAGAAGACAAGCAAGGCGAUCAGUAUACAGCUACACCCUUGGGUACAUUUGAGACCAUAAACCAUGAAUCAGUGGUCUGCCAUGGGUUCCCAGCUGGGUCCACAGAUGUUUAUUCUGUUAAUUCUAAUUCUUUUUACGUAUCUGUUUUCAAAGGAACGUGUCAUCCACCUUGGAGCUUUGCUAAAUAGAGAUGGGUUGCUGGUUCUGUGCCAGGCAGGGGACACACACACUGAUUCUGCUGAACAAUUUUCAUGACAAAUUUUUUUCGUUAGUACCACAGUAAAAGAUACAUGAGUAGAUUUUUAUUUCCUCAGAUGCAUUUUUUUGUGACAACCUAUAAGGCUGAUUUAGGUUUGGGGCUUUUUUUAAAUUAGCAUGAGCAGGAAGAGAAACUCUAAGGCACACUGGAUACAAGUACGCCAGGUUUCCUUUCCCGUGUCAUCAAAUAGUUUCCCUGAGAAAGCAAAGUAGAUUGCAUUAAGUAACACAGGACAGUGCUUGCAGUGACAUAAGCAGGCCUUAAAAUUCUUCCUGGUUUUAUAUCUUCUGCCAUGCAAAAAUCUUCUGCAAAAUUAUUCGGACCAGAGAGAAAUGGAAAUGUAUGAGAAGAGAAAUUUGGGGUUACUUAAUGAAAAAAAGGAAAUUCUUGAUAUAGCUGAGCAGCAGACAAAGUAACAGUCACAAUAUGAGGUACCAUUAAAUACAGAGUGCUACAGGACAGAGGAUGCUUUAACUAAACUUUUUAUUGCUAAGUGACCUGACUGUUCAAGGACUGGCAGAUAAUUCUACUUAGUGUUUUUAUCGUUCCUCAUAGAUAUGUGAUUACAUACACAAAGAUAAAUGCUUACCUUAAAAAUAUGUAGCUGUUCUGGCUCCCUUAAGCUCACUUUCUUGCUGAAUUGUUUUUGAAGAAAAGUUGAAGUACUUGCUUAGAAUACAUUUGUGAGGGGGAUGAGACUCAGCCUGUACCUCCUCCCCCGACUCCUACUGCAAUAUAGUUACUGUGGUUCUAAAAGGUAUGUUAGUUUAAAAAUGCUGCUGGGUGACAAACUUUGUGAAUCUUCUGCAUUCAAUCACAGAAGCUCUUGUCUGAACGUGAAGUACAAGUUUUAUCCAAGUGCAGACUUUAUUUCCGUGUGGACGUAGAGACCAUGUGUAUUCCAUUGGAUAUUCUGUUUCUAUGUGACUUCUGUAUACCAAGUGGAUUUUGUUUGUUUAAUUUUUUGUUGGACUUUUUUUUCCUUUUGUAAUUACAAUAAAUAUUCAAGAGAGUAUA